GAUAAUCCAUCAUAAAAUUCUCUUUGGACUUUAUUACAAGGUACUAAUUAGAUACCUGUAUUGGAAAAUAACCAUAGUCGUUGUAUUGAGGUCAACUGCCACAUUAUCAAAGUUUAUUAGUAGUUGUAAUGCUCUAGACGAUUGUUUACACUGGCAGGUAACAAUUCUUGAAGCACAGUCUCGAGUUGGUGGACGAGUGAAGACUGUCAGAGAAGGGUUCGCGCCCAAUCUUCACUGUGAAGCAGGCGCAAUGCGACUUCCAUACAACCAUUUUCUGACAAGACACUAUAUAAAGCUGUUUAACAUUGAGACCAGUACAUUCCAGGAUUAUAACGAAAAUGCUUUCAUGUCCUUGUAUGGAGAUCCUCCAAUAAAGAUUUCAGACUGGAACAAAAAUGACGACUUUUACUGCAGCAAAUACUGGCCAGGCUGGGAUGAAAAGCUGUUGCAAACUGAAGGUUUAAAAACGAAACUUGGAAUUAGAGGAAUUCGGGAUUACUUCAAGUGUACGGUAGAAAAGAUAAAGCAAGAUCUUGGCAGCAAUCCAAACAAAGAGAUGUGGCUUUCUUGGAUCAAAAAAUGGAGCAAAUUCUCUCUCGAGGAUUUUUUUAGAAGCUGUAUAUUGCAAACCGCAAAUGAGCCACAGCUUCGGCCCUGGCCAGAGGCAGCCAUCGAAGCUUUUAAGGUAUCUACGUACAGGCCGUUACUUGGGAAGGAUCUCAUCUUGUAUUUAAGAAUACAGUUUGGGGAGUGGCGUGUUGAUCCUAUGUAUACACCAACAUUUGGAAUGGACGAAUUGCCGAAAUCUUUUAUUAGGAAGAACGAAAAUGGGUGGAAUAAAAGCGUAGAUUUAUCUAAAAAUUUGAAAUAUGGGUUCAUGGUAACAAAGAUUCAAAAUAUUAACGAAGGCCGACGGAGAAAUAUAAAGGUCAUUGGUAAAAAUGAUACUACAGGAACAGAAAAUGUUGUCUAUGCAGAUGCAGUUUUUCUUACGGUUCCAGUGCAUGCUCUAAGGCAAAUAGAAAUCCCUUUGACUCUUGAGCAGAAAAAAGCUUUAGAUGAUGUUGUCCUUAUCCAAGCUACCAAGAUUCAUUUGCAAUGCAGGAGGCGGUUCUGGCAGAAAGACAGAAAAGAUGAUGAAAGUCAUAAAGAUAUCCCUAAAGAUACUAGCAGCGUAGAACUACAGGGAGGAUGCAGCAUAACAGACCAACAGAUAGGAAGGCUCUAUUAUCCUGACUUUGUAAAAUCUGGAAGAAAGGAAGACGAACGUGGAAUAUUGCAAGUCUACGCGCUGCAAGAUAACGCAGUUGUACUUGGAUCAGAAACAGCAGAGGUAGCAAUCAAAAGAGCCAUUUCGCAAAUUAAGAAAAUUCAUCCAGAGAUAGAAGAUGAGUUUGAAGCUGGUACGGUUCAAGCGUGGAUAAACGACCAGACGCCACAAAGUUCGUUCGCAGAUUUGAAUCCUUUUGAGUACACUGAAUCUUUGAAAAACCUUACCGAGUCGACAGAAACCAUUUAUAUAGCUAAUGAUACUCUCUCGUGGUCAAACGCCUGGAUACAAGGAUCAAUUUUCUCGGCACUGUUUCAAGCUUAUUGUUUUCAAAGCCGGAUUGAGGGAUGUACAUCUAAAUAUAACCUCGUUAGCUUUGUACCGUAAAAAUGGUUAUAGGAAUAAUGGAUACAAAACGAAAGACAUUCCCCGUUAUAUCUGUAACAAGUGAUAUAGAAACGUAUACAUAUCUUAAACUGUUAUAUUUGCGGUAUUUGGGAAACAAUGGUGUAUAUGGCAUAAAAAAUAAUGGUGUAUGUUGCAUGAUAAAGAGUAGAGUAUUUCUUCAAAGUUCGAUGUAAAACGUCAAUAUAUUCCCUGUUGGUUCAUCUACUAUAUAUAAAAGGUUUCAAAUAUAUGGCAAAAAUACAAAUAAAGGUUUCAAAUAUAGGGCAAUGAAAACUGUCCUUGUCACCUGUAGGACAAAUUUGGCUUUUCAAAACAUCUAAUCUACAAAUUAUGAAUGGCAAAACAUAUGUUAAAAUUUCAAAUUACAGGUAGGUCACAAAUGUUACUUAUUCGAUAUAAAAACUUUUUCUCUCUGUACUGAAACAUCACUAAAUUUGCCUGUUAUAUCACCAGCUAACAAGUAAGAACGUUGCUGCAAGAUACAGCAAAAGAAAAUUCCGCGCCAAGAGAAGCAUUGUAUAUAGUACUGAUAGAACAGAAGAUAUAACGAUGCUGGUGCCUUUCUUGUAGAUCCUAGGCAAACAAACAUUCCGACGGGGUUUUAUGAAUGCUGGAUAAAGAGGUGUGAAAGUCCCGCAAAAAUGUUGUUUUAAAAACUGUAUUUAAGGUGGAAUGCGCCUAUUUUGGAGUUGUUGGGUUCCGUUUCGACAUUUUGUUUUAUAUAAAAGUCAGCAUAUUCCUCAAAGAAUGUGUUUUUUUACUUGACUGAUAUUUCUGUCUUUAAGGUGGAAUAGGCCUAUUUUGAAGUUGUUGGGUUCGUUUCGACAUUUUUUUAUAUAAAUUCAGCAUAUUCCUCACAGAAUGUGUUUUUUACAUGUUUGAUAUUUCUGUAACUUUUUUCUCUGCAAAUCUUCAAACACGACCAUUGACGUCCAUUUUUAUGAACCCCGAUUUCACGUCAGUCAAAUGUCGAAAUGGAACCCAAUAACUUCAAAUUAGGUGCACCUUAAUUUCUUUUUCUUCAAUAAGAUUCGACGAAGUCAAAACGAUUAAGUUAAUCUAGUUCUUACUUGUUCACUUACUUAUAUGUGUCACUACUGACACGUAAUUAUGUUUAAACACACUCCGCCUUUAUUAUAAUCUUAUGUUAAUGAAGCUUUCUUGUGAUAAUUUAAAAGCUUUACGGGUAAGUUUUAUGAAUUUUAUAACAAUCUUACACUUCACUUAAAUAAAAGCAUUGCCCGGUCAUAAUUUCAAUUAAAUAUACUGCCGAUUUUAUACAAAAAUAAUAGCAAAACAAUAAAUUAGAAACCAGAGAACAACAAACUAACACAAAGUAUGUCAUGCAAACAAAAAUAAAGUUGGUCAAAUGCAAGUUUCGAACGGUCAAAACUUUCACUACAAAAUGAAUAUAACUCAACCUACUGCUUACUGUGUGCGAUACUUAAACUUACGUUUUUGCUCAAUUGUUAGUGACGGAAGCAAAAUGUACGCAUGCGCAGUUUUGGUUUGGUGCCCACGUGAUGAUAUUUUUGCUUCUUGUUCUAUAUUUCUCAAUGUUAACAAAAGAUAAACCGUUGCAACGGCUUAUAAAGAAAAACUGCGAAAACUAGAAUGUACACUGAUUAACCAUUAUGUUUCAUGUAAAUAUAUGAAACAAUGGUGACAUUUUGCCGUUUGGUGAAAAUUUCUUUAAAAAAUCACAAUGUGUGGGUUAGUCAGUUUUAACAUGAAAUCUUAUUCAAAUUCCUUUUUAUAUUUAUAAAUGUUAUAAGCAAUGAACAACUGUGGAUUUGUUUUAAUAUAUGAAAAUUGUAAUCCAGACAAUGAGCAUUAUAACAAGUUAAUAAUUAGUAAACAGUAAUAAAUUAGUGCUUUGAUUAUACAUUAUUGACAGAUAUCAG